AGAAACUUGUCUUUUUAAACCGUGCUUCUGAUGUGUGUUUUGUGUUUGGACAGCUCUCGGUCUCACGGCAGACACCGGAGGAGCAGAAGUCACGAGAACGACCGACACAGGUCACGUGAUCACGGCCGCAGACGCCACCGGUCGGCCUCGCGCUCGCCGUCCCGCGACUCCAAAUACAAGACGAAGAGCCGGCGCUCCCGGUCCAGAUCGGCCAGUCCGCCGGCGGAGGAGCUGCAGGCCUCGGCCGGCCCCCGCGAGGAAGAAGCCCGCGCUCGCUCCGCCUCCCGCUCGCGCUCCAGAUCCAGGUCCUGGGCCGGGCGCAAGUCCGGAGGCCGCUGAAGCUCCCGGACCCCGUCCCGCGGUUCAUCGUGACGCCGCAGCGGCUUCUGCUUGUUCCCGGAAGACGGCGUGUUGUGAGGAGAAGCGCGGUGUAAAGAUGGCUUUAUUUUUCUAGUCAAAGACGAGCGGAGCGCCAGCCGUUUUUAUUGUAGAAAGAUGCAUGCAGACACCGUUAACGACGGGGAACACCCCACGCUUUUUCUUUCAAAGGUUGCCGUUUACUCCGGA